CCCUGAAGCCUACACCAUCCUGCGUGAGCAGAUGCCCGUCUCAUUUUGACUCAGAGUCUGUCCCUCUGCUUGUCUUCUACAAGCCAUGUGGCUCUACCUGCUGGCACUGGUGGGCCUGUGGAACCUCCUGCGCUUGUUCAGGGAGAGGAAGGUGGUGAGCCAUCUCCAAGACAAGUAUGUCUUCAUCACGGGCUGUGACUCAGGCUUUGGGAACCUGCUGGCCAGACAGCUGGACAGGAGAGGCAUGAGGGUGCUGGCUGCAUGUCUGACUGAGAAGGGAGCCGAGCAGCUGAGGAGCAAGACAUCGGACAGGCUGGAGACAGUGAUCCUUGAUGUCACCAAGACAGAGAGUAUUGUGGCAGCCACUCAGUGGGUGAAGGAGCGAGUUGGGAACAGAGGACUCUGGGGCCUGGUCAACAAUGCUGGCAUCUCUGUCCCCAUGGGUCCCAAUGAGUGGAUGAGAAAAAAGGACUUUGCAAGUGUGCUGGAUGUGAACCUGUUGGGCGUCAUCGAGGUGACUCUGAACAUGCUGCCCUUAGUAAGGAAGGCAAGGGGCCGCGUGGUCAACAUCGCCAGCACCAUGGGCCGAAUGUCUCUCCUUGGUGGUGGUUACUGCAUCUCCAAGUAUGGUGUAGAGGCCUUCUCAGACUCCCUCAGGAGGGAGCUCACCUACUUUGGGGUGAAGGUGGCUAUUAUAGAGCCUGGUGGGUUCAAGACCAAUGUCACUAAUAUGGAGAGGCUAUCAGACAACCUGAAGAAGCUGUGGGACCAGGCCACUGAGGAGGUCAAGGAGAUCUACGGCGAGAAGUUUCGGGACUCCUAUAUGAAAGCAAUGGAGUCACUGGUGAACAUGUGCUCAGGGGACCUGUCUCUGGUAACCGACUGCAUGGAGCACGCCCUGACUUCCUGUCACCCUCGCACCCGGUACUCAGCUGGUUGGGAUGCCAAGUUCUUCUACCUCCCCAUGAGCUACCUUCCCACCUUUCUUUCGGAUGCCGUAAUCUACUGGGGCUCUGUAAAGCCUGCCCGAGCCCUGUGAAUCUGCACAUGUGUGCAGACUUGGGGAAGUAAGGCGGGUGGAGGGAGAUAACAAUGUGGGGUCCAUUGUUCACCAUACUCAUUAAAAUAAUUCUGCUUCCGUACUACUCAAAA